CCGUCCACCGGGAACACACUUCAGCUCUCCGUCCGCCUCAAGUUUGGGCGUUUUCCCUCCCGGUGCUCCGCUCUCAUCACACCCACCGGACAUUUCACCGGAAAAACUACAGACUAACGGUUUUCACGCGGCCUUUUUGUCGCCGUUAUUUUUCUUCUUCUUCUUGGAGACACGGAGGUUGAACAGAACCGGAGAAGACGACUUUCCAACGGACCGGUAAACUCCGCCGACAGCGUCCAUGCUGGUCCCCACACAGGCUGUGCAGUGGUGGCUGAUCUGGGGUCAGCCUGGUGGACUUUAGGCUGCAGGACUGUGCGCUGCGAGUGGUCAUGAAGCUGCCCUGCUCCCUGUACGGCUCCCUGUGGUUCCUCUUGCUGCUGGGAGCCGGAUCUCUGCUGCUGCUCGUCCGCCUGCAGGACCUCACCGAAGUGGUGCUGCAGCAGACCCCAGGUGUCAACGUGCUGGUGGCUCCCAGGUGGCCUGUUGAGAAGGAUGUGGUGACGGACAGCGCAGCAGCUGCAGAUCAGCCUGCAGGGAAGUUUGAAGUCUCCUCUGAGUCUCUGUCGGAGCUUCAGGACUCAGUCGGCUCAAAACAGCCGGUCACCAAACGUCACAGGAAGUUGCUCCUGAAGAAUCCCAACUCUUCCAGCGCUCCUGCAGGUAGAGAGGAGAAGCUACAUUUGCUGCAGCAUCAGAGGCUUGCAGAGACGCAGGCGUCCCGGCGCCGCCUGCUGGCUGACGUCUGUGCCAAAUACCAGCCGGGCGUCACUGAGCGGCGUGUGUCUCAGCGGCAGGUGUCCCGGGUGUACGUGGAGGACCGGUCCAGGCUGCUUUACUGCGAGGUGCCCAAAGCUGGCUGCUCCAACUGGAAGCGGGUGCUGAUGGUGUUGGGUGGCAGCGCCACCUCCACACGAGACAUUCCUCAUGACGCGGCGCAUUACGCCAACCACCUGCGGCGGCUGGAGAGCUACGACCGCGCUGGCAUCGCAGAGAGACUUCGCUCCUACACCAAAGUGUUGUUCGUUAGGGAGCCCUUUGAGCGUCUGGUGUCAGCCUUCCGGGACAAGUUUGAGAGUCCGAACUCGUACUACCACCCAGUCUUUGGACGCCCAAUCAUCUCCAGAUACCGCGCCAAUGCCACGCGCACUGCCCUGCGCACAGGCGCCGGUGUCACCUUCAGGGAGUUCGUGCAGUACCUGCUGGAUGUGCGGCGGCCGGUGGGGAUGGACAUCCACUGGGAGCCCAUCAGUCAGCUGUGUAACCCCUGCCUCCUCAGGUACAACUUCAUCGGCAAGUUUGAGAACCUGGAGGAAGAAGCCAACUUCCUGCUGCAGAACGUCGGAGCACCGAGGAACCUCACGUUCCCCGACUUCAAAGACAGGAACCCCCGAGCUGAGAGGACUUCCUCCAAAAUUACCCAGAGGUAUUUCUCACAGCUCAACGCCACCGAGCGGCAGAAGGCCUUCGACUUCUACUACAUGGACUACCUGAUGUUCAACUACCCCAAACCGUUCAAAGACCUGCACUGAGGACGGGACUAGACCUGGGGGGGUCACUGAGGACAGGA